AUGCUUGAGCAGGCUAAGAUGCCCGCCUUCACCCCGAGCUCCGGCUCGGGAGACGAUGCACCGAGCAUGGGCGGUCCAUCAGGGACAUACACACCUCUCGCGGCCCUUUUCCCUUUCCCUACUCUGCUCGGAAUUGUGCGUCCGCCACUGCGAGCUUUGCAGAACCAGAAGUCCAGUACAGACCCAAGUUCCGCUACUGGUACGUCAGCUCCCCCCAACCACCCACUCACCCACCCACCCCUCAAGCAUCCCCACCUCACUCACUCACUCACUCACCACCCCCUCCCCACCCCCACCAGGCUCCCCGACGCCUCCAUCCCCCCCUCCACCCUCCAAUCCGACAUCGCCGCCCUCUCCACCCUCGGCGCCGGCGGCCUCGAACUCCUCGGCUACUACCAAUACGGCCUCGUCGCCGCGCAAACCGGCGGCGUCGCCGCGCCCCCGACCGACUGGACCAUCUACGGCUUCGGCACCCCGUCCUUCGCCGCCCUCUUCCGCGCCGCGCUCGAGCAGGUGCGCGCGGAAGGCUUGCUCUUGGAUUUCGCGCAGGGCGCGAACCAGGGGCAGGGCGUGCCGAGCGUGCCCGGGGAGCGCGGGUUGGCGGUCGAGUUGGCGUAUGCGAAUGUGAGCGUGGAUGUUGUGCGGGCUGGUGGUGGUGGUGGUGGUAGGUGGGAGGGCGUGCUGCCGGAGAGCGUGCAGCCGGUGAAUGCGUUUGGGGCCUUUAUGCAUGGGGCGGAGGAGUUUGGUGCGCAGGUGCUGAGGGCGGUGUUGGCGGUCGAGGUUGUGGCGGCGCAAAACGUUUCCACGGACAGUGGCGACUUGACGUUCUCGGAGAAUACGGUUGGCCGGGUUGUCGACUUGACGGGAGAGGUGGAUCCGGUGCUGAGGGAGUUGAAUUGGACGGCGCCGGAGGGAGAGAGUGAGUGGAGGCUGAUGGCGUGGUAUGAGCGGUAUACGAACCAGAGGAGUUGCGCGGGUGGCGUCAAUGCGACGGACUAUAUUGGGAACGGGUCGUGGACUGUGGAUCACUUUAGUGCUGCGGGUUCCAAGAAGUUGACGGAUUUCUUCGAUGCUCAUGUCAUCCCCGACGCCGAGACGAGGGAGCUUCUUGCUUCCGUUGGCAAGUAUGGGUGGGAGGAUAGCAUGGAGAUGUUCUCGGCGCUGUUGUGGACGCCGGAGCUACCUUCCAUGUUCAAUCAGUCGAGGGGCUACGACAUAACGCUCUGCUUGCCCUACCUCAUCACGCCCGCCAACUACUGGAACAGCGAAGCCUUACCGUACGGAGAAGGCUUCGUAGAUGAAAAUACUACUUUUGGCGACAAGUGCAACGAGGAUUACAGAACGACACUCAACGAAGGCUAUCAGGAGUACCUCGCUGUAUACGUUAAUUGGAGUCACGGCUUGGGUGUAGAAUACUCGGCACAGCCGGCGUACAACCUCCCUCUGAAUAUGCUUGACGAUAUUCCCAUUCUUGACGCUCCCGAGGGCGAGUCUCUGGGCUUCAACAACAUAAUCGACACCUACCGCCAGUUCUCCGGCCCGGCCCAUCUCUCCGGUAUCUCGGUCAUUUCGUCAGAGUGUGGUGCGCUUAGCGGUGCGCCUUACCAGCAGACGUUCAAUGACCUCCUUUGGUCGGUAAGGCGCGGGCUAGCUACCGGUAUCUCAAUGCACGUCUUGCACGGGUUUGCGUACUCUGGUCCGUAUACGAACACGACGUGGCCGUCCUACACCACUUUUGCCUAUCAAUUCAGCGAAAUGUGGAACCAGCAUCAACCCAGCUGGAUUCACAUGAACGACACCAUCCGCUACAUUGCCAGGAAUCAGUACGUGUCUCAAGCCGGUACGCCAAGCGUGGAUCUCGCUUUCUAUCUUUACGAGGCACCGUGGGCAGUCAGCGCACAGUACAUGGACACGAACCUGGAGGAACUCGGAUAUACGUACGAGUAUCUCUCGGCAAACAAUCUACUCUCGCCUGAGGCUUUUGUGGAAGACAAUAUCCUCGCUCCUACCAAGCAAUCCUUUAAAGCGCUUAUCUUCUCCAACGCAUCCGCCAUCACACCCGGCGGUGCAGCAAAGGUUCAAGAGUUUUCUGAAGCUGGGCUCCCGGUCUUCUUUGUCGGUGCCACCAAUUUCACCAGCAUCGGCCAGGAGCCCGGUGCAGCAGCUGAGGUGGCUUCCACAAUCAGCUCGGUCGUCAAUAGCGGACUUGAAAACGUCCACACCGUUACCUCGUCGGCCGAUCUCCCCGACGCUUUGUCGCAGGCCGGCAUACUCCCCAAGGUGUCCUUCUCCACUCCCACAUCCUGGUACCCUUUCUGGCGCCGUGCGGACGGCAUCGACUACGCCUACAUCUACAACGACGGCCUCGCCUCCCAAACCGUCGACGUAACCUUCGCCACAACCGGCACGCCUUACUUCUUCGACGCCUGGACCGGCGCCAUCACCCCCGUCCUCCAAUACACCACCUCCCCCUCCUCCCCCUCCAUCACCAUCCCCAUCACCCUCGCCUCCAACCAAACCACCAUCCUCGGCUUCGCCCACGCAAACUCCUCCACCACCGCCGACCCCCUCCCCGCCGCGCCCGACACCCACAUCACCUCCGCCACCGGCGCCCUCGCCGGCCUGGUCCCCUCGUCCCCCUCCCCCAACUCGACAACAAGCACCACCAUCACCGCCUACCUCACCGGCCCCGCCUCCCUCACCCUCUCCACCGGCCAGACCCUCAACCUCACCACCGCCCCGCCGCCCCCGGCCACCACGCUCUCCAGCGGCUGGUCCAUCACAAUCGAAGACUGGCAUCGCACCUCGGACCCCUACAGCAUGGACACGGCCAUCACCACGCACACCCUCGCCAACGCCACCCUCGCGCCGUGGUCCGCCCUCGGCCUCCCCGCCGCCAGCGGCAUCGGCCGGUACACGACCUCGUUCGCGACGCUCCCCGGCGCAAACGCCGCCCUGCUGUCCCUCGGCCCCGUGGCCCACAGCAUGCGCGCGUGGCUCAACGGCGUCGCGCUGCCGCCGCUGGACGUGGCGGACGCGCGCGCCGACCUGACGGGGCUGCUGCUGCUGCCGCCGCUGCCGCUGCCGGCGAAGAAGCAGGAGGGUGCGGGCGAGGCGAACGAGUUGGUCGUCGAGGUGACGACGACGCUGUUCAACAGGGUCAAGGCGGAUGGGAACGCCACGUGGAGCGUGGGCGCCACGGCGAACGAGCUGAACGGCGCGUUUUACGAGACGCAUGCGGUCAAGGAGUAUGGGUUGCUGGGGCCGGUGGUGGUGGAGUGGGUGGCGGUGGCGGAGGUGGGGGCGGGGGUGGUGGGCUGA